CUCUUACAGCACAAAGGCAGAUAAGAGGUUUACGUCGGGGUUCCUCUCGGACCGAAUGGAGGCAUCGGGAGAGGUUUGUCUGGACGAGCCGCGGUUUUGAAACUUGUGACGGCCACGGGAGCUGUCCCAGAAUCAAAACACGGUGCUAAAAGGAUUGCCUGAGAGGACAGAGGUGACCGUGAUGAUGAAUGAGGGGCAGGUGAACGACCUCAUCCAGCGAUGGAGAGACACUCCCGAGGAUGAGCUGACACCAGAGGAUCGGCAGCACUUCAGCGACUUGGGAUGUGCGUGCCUCAUCCGGGGAGACGGCGAGCGCUUCCUGACCUUCCUUCAAGAUGACAAAAAUCAGAGGGUGGUGAAGUCCAUGGGCUGCGUCCUCUUAGCCCCUCUGGUGAAGGAAGCCUUGAAGAACCAGAAGACUUGUGACCACGUCCAGGCGGCCAUCGCGCACGUGACUACGACCUGCAGACCGGAUGAAGUCCUGCAGAACUUGCUGGACGUGAUGGAAGACGCCGACGCGGAUGCUAUUUCCCAGACCCUGGUGGUAGUGGUCGGCCAUCUUCAGACAGUGCGCUGCGGUGGAACAGGGCCGCUGAGGCUGGAGGCGGGUCGGGCGUCCUCGCUGGGCUCGGCGCUGAGGGUCCUGCACGAGCAGCUCGCUCGGCUGCCGGUGCCGUACAGCGAGCGGCGGGAGGAGGACGACCGGUUGGGCCUGGGCCGCUGCUGCGACGCCUUGAGCGCCUUCACAGAGACCUUCGCGGAGGAGGUGAGGAACGACGACGCGGGGGAGCGCCGCGCGAUCAAGACGGAGCUGCUCAACUUCUGCAUGAGGAGCCUCAGAGAACCUUUGCUGGAGGCUCUACUGACUCCAGGGAGAAGAACGUCGCCCAUGUGGCGCUUUGCGUCACACAUCAUGGCAACUUUAGCUGCCAUCCGGGAGUCCGCGGCAGAGCUUCUGUUCUUCAGCACGGCGAAGAAGGACAUCCGGAUGGACAAAAGACAUCUUGCCGAGUCUAAAGGCUGCCUGGCGUAUCUCGUGAUUGUCAAGCUGCUGGAUGCGGAGCGCUUCCCCGUCGUGUUCAGCCCAGAAUUUGUCCUUCAGAGCAACGUGGAAUACGUCCAUCAGCUGCUCAGUAGCAAAAAGGAGUCACACGUACUCAAAGGACUGGCGCUGUUUGAAGCAAGCCUGGAGAGAGUGGCGGACAACAGCCUGCCAGCGACUCAGCUGGAGGUGAAGAGCUUCCACGACGUCAAGCAGAGUCUGCUGCAAGUUCUGAUCGACUGUCCCAUGCAACAUCUGAGAGAAAGUGGACUGAAGGUCCUACAGCUCCUCAUCAACAAACUAGACGCUGAAGCAAAGCACAAGCUCUUCAGAUGCCUGCUAAAAACCAGCAAGCAUCCAGGCGUGGAAGGUUACAUUGUGAAGAACAUCAGAAAUCAAGUUGAAUUUUCCAUGAAGCCGGGCAACGCCACAAGGUGGUUCCUGGGGGCGGAGUUUGUGUCGCUGCUGGGCCUGGUGUUGAGUUUGCCUCAGGGUGCAGAGACAGACGUGCUUCACAACAUGGACAAGAUCAUGGAGAGCCUGAACCUCCUGCACUACCUUCUCCUCCGAGACCAACCACUGAGGAACAACGCGGACGUGUGGGAAGGCGUGAGCGGGAUGAAGGACGAGUACACCGAAACGCUGCGCGUGUGCAUCCGCAUGUCGACAGCUUAUUACACGGCCGAGCUCAACCAGCUGAGAGACGAACGCAAACUCAAAGCCAGAGCGGCCAGAGCGUCUACCUGCUCCAGCACGUCCCACCCAAGUCGGACGGUCAAAGGUGAGAAGGUCUCAAAAAUGUCCCCAGAGGUGCAGCACCAGGUUCUGCAGAGCGCUCUAGUGACCUUCGACCUGAUGGAGAGCCUCAUUGUGCGCACGGAGGAGAUCGCGGUGGAAAAGAACACCGACCGGCCCAACGCUGACAAUUUAUGUGUGUGAACAAUAAAGUUUGAAAUGUUUGACACUCACGCAGGUGUUUUAGGUGAGCUUCCUGAGCAUGUCCCACACGGGGCUCCUCUCGACAAUGCGAGUCCGGGCCACGGCCAUCCUGUGCCGGAUGCGGUCCACGUGAGGCUUGCUCGUGGCCUGUGGACAAACGGAUGCAGAAAUUCGUCGACGGUGCCGAUUUUUUUACACAGAAGUCAGCGAAGCUGACGGGGUUCAGGACCAAGACCUGAUGAAAAGAGCAAAAAUUCGCAAAUAAUUGACAGCCUCCCCUAUAAAUGUUUGGAAUUGCUAAUGCUAACGAACAAUGCAAAACUCCAUAGACGGGCUAAUGAAUCGCAAUGAAUCGGUGUUGCAGUGUUAUAAUAAGCCUUUAAGCAACGGAUAGUUGAACACAAACAGUGCAGCAACUCAUGUUGUAGUCAGACAAUAGAACAAUACUCACAGGCAUAUAUUCUUUAUCGUCUGCAAAGAACGACUAACAUUACUGCAGCUUACUGAGGAGCUGAGACGGGCUCCAUGUACACGACAUCCGUAUGUCUGUAUGAUAUUUCCCCCAGGUGGCCAAGGCGCACACAUCGGAAGGCGAAGCACAAAGUCCAUUGAA